GAGACCUUCAAAAGAAUUCUUCGCCUCGGAUCUGCAAAUGAGUAUAAUUUCAUGCAACCAAACAUUCAGCCGAGGAAAUGUGUUUGAUAUUUAACCCAUCAUAGGAACUUCUUGAAGAGAUGCCACACGGUUUACCUCUCACCCUUCUCAUAGAAUGGACAUUUUCUCCCGCAUAUCGAACGAUAGCACCGUAUUCAGCCAGGAACCAGACGUGCAUAAGUGUUGAUACGCAUUUUAAUUCACGUAACACGUCAGUUGCCGGAUUAACAACAACAAUUUUCCAAAAUAGCAGGGAUCGUAGGUAUAAAGAGGCAAUUCAAAUGCUGAUUGGUCAGUUCUCUGAAAUAAAUUGCUCAACCCAGCGCAAAACUUUACCAUUCUUGUUCCACAUUUCUAUGCCAAAUACGUUGUUAAGGAUUUUUGUUCAACUCUUUUUUCUGGGACACUCUCAGUUGUUCGUUACAAAAAAUAUUCAAAAGACAUGA